GAGAUUCAGCCGCUCAGGAGGACACCAUGAAAAGCUGGAUUCUUCUGUGCACCUUGCUGUUCAUGGGCGAGACUGCUCGGGUGCAUCGUACGCGGAGGGAACUGGCACCCGGAUUGCACGAACAGGGGAUACGGGAUGCAGAAGGCUCGUACUGUGGCCGGCAGGAUGCGUGUUGUCGCGGGAGGGAUGAUGCCUGCACCAUCCCCUACUUUGAUACCCUUUGCUACUGCGACCUCUUCUGCAACCGAACCAUCUCUGACUGUUGCCCUGAUUUUUGGGAAUAUUGUCUGGGCAUUCAACCACCGUAUUCACAGCAGAAAGACUGCAUUCGCAAUGGUGUCAAGUUCCACCCUGGAGCAACUUACCGGGAUAAUUGCAACCUCUGUACUUGCAACGGACACGGCAAAUGGGAGUGUGAAAGCCACGUCUGUCUUAUCAACGGGGAUAUGAUCGAUGCCGUCAACAGAGGGGAUUAUGGCUGGAGAGCUUCCAACUACAGCCAGUUCUGGGGGAUGUCACUAGAAGAAGGGGUUCGGUACCGUCUCGGCACCAUCAAGCCUCCCACAUCUGUGAUGAAUAUGAAUGAACUUCAA